AUGGUCUUCUUACCUAGAGUGCAGGUCUUGAUGGGCUUAUUAUCCCCUGCUUUGGGAUGCCUUGUCCUUACCGGCUCCGUGAGUGGUGACGGAAAGGAAAUCAAUGGUCAAACCUCCAAUAUCUAUGGUAUUAUGGCGGCCACAUACAAAAGUCAACCAGCAUGUCUGGGCGAUAUAGUGAAAGGGGACAAUAAUCUUGACUGCAACUGGGCAGGCAUAAAGACUUUCUCAUUGAACUACGAUUGGACAGAUAACAUAGAAAAAACCAAAAAUCAUACAAUGCCAAUCACUUUUUGCAACGGACAAGGGUGCGUGGGCAUGGAUGUCGAUAUGGGAUGCCAGGAAGAUAAGGUUGGCAUCAUCACGUGUGAUGAUUUCUGGUAUGAAUCCGACAAGCUGUGCUAG